GCUAGAAGAAUGCAUAAAGAAGAGAAGAGACAUCAGUGACAGUGUAGCAGCAGCCUCCUCCUUCCUCUGUGAGAAAAUGGAGAAAGCUCUAACAAAGGUUGGGAGUUUGAAAGUUGGGAAUUACUGGAUCGCUAAGAAAGCCAAAGAAGAGAUCUCUAACAUUGGUGAAGACAUCUCUACCUUCUCGAAUACAGUUGAGGAGAAAGCAAAAUGGUUAUUCAACAAGCUAAAAGGGAAACCAGCGAAAGCCUUGCCAGAUCUUCUCAAAGAAUACAACCUACCACCAGGCCUCUUCCCCAAGAACAUAACAUGUUAUGAAUUUGAUGAAAUAAAGGGAAAACUGGUUGUUCAUUUAUCCUCCCCUUGUGAAGUACUCUUCAAGGAUUCAUCUCUAAUGAGGUAUGCUACUCGCGUCAAAGCAACACUGGCUAGGGGAAAACUUACAGGGAUUGAAGGAAUGAAAACGAAAGUCCUGGUAUGGGUUAAGGUCACAAGUGUGACUGUUGAAAGUUACAGAUCUGACAAGGUUAUGAUCAUGGCUGGGGUAAAGAAACAAAAAGCUAGAGAUACGUAUGAAAUGCCUCGUGAUUCUGUCAAGGUUGAAGAAUUUUGAGGAAUUUAUUCAGUCAGAUCAGCUGUUGUUGUCAGGACUUAAUCUGUAUGGGUGGGGUUGGAUUUUUCAGUUUACCUAGUGCGAUAAAACUUGGUGAACCAUUAACUCUAGUUGCCCAGGAUUUAACUGCCAACAUCUAAAAAACUUAUAAGGACUAUUAAGCUUAUGUUCUUGGUGAAAACAUUUAAGCAAUAUCGGAAAAUGAUUAGAAUAAA